CCGCCCUCCUCCAGUCCCUCCCACCACCACCUCUGAUAAGGGGCCGAGCUGUGGCCUGCCGGGCUCCGGGCGUGCAGCAUGGGGCUUCUGGGGCGGCUGCACGGCCGCUGCUCCCUCCUGGGCCUCCUCCUCCUGCUGCCCUCGGCCACCCCCUUCUGGCUUCUGAACGUCCUCUUCCCCCCAAAUGCCACCCCCAAGGCUGCCCUCAACAACAACACGAGACCCGUGGUGCUGGUGCCUGGCUGCUUGGGGAACCAACUGGAGGCCAAGCUGGACAAGCCAGAUGUGGUCAACUGGCUGUGCUACCGGAAGACAGAGGACUUCUUCACCAUCUGGUUUGACUUCAACAUGUUCCUGCCCCUCGGGGUUGACUGUUGGAUUGACAACACUAGGGUGGUCUACAACAGGACCACAGGGCAAAUGUCCAAUGCCCCUGGCGUGCAGAUUCGGGUCCCAGGCUUUGGCAAAACCUACUCAGUGGAGUAUCUGGACCCAAAAAAACUGGCAGGCUAUAUGCACACACUAGUUCAAAAUCUCGUCAACAAUGGGUACGUGCGGGACGAGACAGUUCGGGCUGCGCCCUAUGAUUGGAGACUGGACCCCACCCAGCAGGAAGAAUACUUUAAGAACCUAGCGAGGCUGGUGGAGGAGAUGUACGCCAGCUACGGGAAGCCUGUUUUCCUCAUUGGACACAGCCUGGGCAACCUUCAUCUGCUCUACUUCCUUGUACAUCAGCCUCAGGCCUGGAAGGACCGCUUCAUUGAUGGCUUCAUUGCCCUGGGAGCUCCCUGGGCUGGCUCCAUCAAACCCAUGAAGGUCCUCACUUCUGGGGACAACCAGGGCAUCCCGAUCAUGUCCAACAUCAAGCUACGAGCGGGCCCGCGGAGGACCACCAGCUCCCCGUGGAUGUUCCCUUCCCGCCUCGCCUGGCCCGAGGACCACGUCUUCUUCUCCACGCCCACCAUCAACUACACCUUCCAGAACUUCCAGCGCUUUUUUGCAGACCUGCGCUUCGAAGACGGCUGGUACAUGUGGCUGCACACGCGCGACCUGUUUGCGGGGCUGCCCGCGCCCGGCGUGGAGGUCUACUGCCUCUACGGCGUGGGGCUGCCGACCCCCCACACCUACAUCUACGACGAGGGCUUCCCUUACAACGACCCCGUGUCCAUCCUCUACGAAGACGGGGACGACACGGUAGCCACGCGCAGCAUGGAGCUCUGUGCGCGCUGGCGCGAGCAGCAGCCCCAGCCGGUCCACGUUUUCCCCAUCCCCGGCUUGCAGCACCUCAACAUGGUCUUCAACAACCAGACGCUGGACUACAUCAACUCCAUCCUGUUGGGUGCCUAUCGAACAAGGGACCCCCACCCGGACCCUGCCCCUUCCGGGGAUCCCCCCUCGGCUUCGAUCCUGCGGGACACAGACACAGACACAGACAAGGUCACAGAUCACAUAUGAGGAGCCGGGGGCCGAAAGGGCGGGGGGCACCGCAUCCCUCCGAAGCUUGGCUCUGCCCCAGACUUUGGGUCUCCCCCCCACACCCUACCCCGUCACAGCCUCGCCUGGGGCUGAGGGGACAUGGACUCUUCUUUGAAGUCCAUCUCUGGAGUGACUAAGGAGGAAGGAGGGCCCGACUCUCUGGAAGUGGGAGGAGGAGAACAAUAAUAAACAUUUAUUAAGCAUGUAUUGUGUGCAGAGCACUGUGAUAGGUGAUGGGGGACGGGGAGAAACAUAAAGUUUAGAUAGGAAAGGAUUUUAGAUAGGAAAGGAUUUUAGAUAGGAAAGGAUCGCUGUGGCUUUUAUAGUCCCAGAAGAAGAUGAGACACAAAUGUACCGAUGAUACAAUAUUAUAUAAGUACAUUUGCAUAUGUAAAAAAGUGAUAUUUGGCUUCCACCUCUAUGACUUCACUAGAGUGCUAUAAAUGUUGUCAAUAAUACUCAA